AUGAUUAAUUUGCCCGCACCGCCCAGCGGCCACUCGCCGAAUUCCUUAUCCGCUACUACGCCCGCGGACUGCAUAACCGAAUCUUCACCGCACUGUGAAUAUAAUUUUCUAAAACGAAAAUUCGAAGGCGAUACUAGUCCCACUGGCAACAACGUCAAUGCUAAUGUCACAGGAAAUCACACAGCUGAAUAUCAGAAUGCUUCGUGCACAACGCCCGUCUGGAAGAAGCGGCACAUGCAGGAAUCCAGUGACACCAUAACCGAAUCCAACUGUUUCACGACUCCGGUCGCCAACUAUAACAGCUAUUCAUCUACAAACAACAAUGAUAACUUGCUCAUAGACGCGAUACAAACAGAAAAUCUACAGAAUGAUAUAAGCAUUAGCCCAAGUGCCACACUUACAACAAAUAACAACAGUGCAAUCAUCAACAACAACAAUAGUAUCAUUGCAGAUAACGAAGCUAUUAACAAUAAUAAUAAUAAUAAUAAUAAUAGCAACAACAAUAGCAAUAUGACAUUCAAUCUCAUAACCGGCAACAGUUCCUUCAUUAAUGAUCUCUUCGCCUACGAUGCCAAUUUAAUUGUGCCAGUUACAGCCAGUCUGGUAAGUCAUAGCACCAAUGGCGCUGAUUCCCAAUUGCCAGCCUUUGCUGCACCAUCAAAUGUUUGUGUGAAUACCAACUACGAUGAUGGUAGCAAUUGGCAAGCAAGCGAUCUGCUCGAACUCGAUCAUCGUUAUAAUUCGGGUUUGCAAACCGAAAUCGCACAUCUACAUCCGACGCUGCCGCUAAAGGCGACAGAGAUAACCACACUCAAUGCCGUACAACAAAGUCAAGAGGUCACGCAUCAACAGCCGCAGCAGCAGCAGCAACAACAGCAGCAGGCACAAUCAUCCUCUCCAACACAGUUUUUAGUUCCUGAGAAGCAAGUGUCAAGAUCACCAGUAAAUAGUGCAAACCCUAACAGGUAUCGUCAACAACAAACACUGCAACAGUCUAUCAAUCAGGCGCUUCCACAAAUUCCACAGUCUAUGCCACAAACCUCAACGGCUGCCGAUACGGAGGCGGAUUUUGAGGAUAAGAACCUUUCUUGGUUGUUAAAUUUUAAAUUUGAUGAAUUUCCUCAUCUUUCGCCGGACUUGGGUGCAAAUAGUAAUAACCAUGUGAAUACGAAUGUAUUAAAUGCCGGCGUACAACAAGGCAAUAGUAUUUCCUCUCCUAGUUCAUUUCACAAAUCGAACUCUUGCUCGCCACAAUCAUCGUUUUCGGCAGCGACACCACUUUCGAGCAUGCAGCAGCCGUUUAGUGACUACACGCGUUCUCCGAAAAGUUCAACAAAGGCUGGUAAAAAGUUUGAGGAACUUGUUAUGGAGGUGACCGCAGAGGUGGAUGGUGCCGAUAUGGUAGUCGCUGAAAAUGUGGUUGUCGAGAACUCGCCGCAAAGAGCGCCAAAGAAACCACCAUUUACGUAUACAGAACUCAUCGAAUACGCCCUCGAAGAUAAGGGUGAACUAACGGUUUCUGGAAUAUAUCAAUGGAUAUCGUAA